AUGGCGCGCACCAGGAGUCAAAGUCGAGAGCCUAGCAUCGGGCCACACUUAGUGCACCGUCAGGCCAGGAACGUACGUGAAGGGACAGCCCGGGCUGCUCGUCAGGCUCAACAACAGCUCGAGCCUCUGUCUGAAGGUCCGAGUGACACCGGAGACGACGAUGGCCGUGAACAGUCGGCACUAUCUGAAGAUGAGGAGGGGGGUGUCUCUGACCACGACUCUGCCCCAAUAGAUACCUACUCUCAAACCGAACUCCAAAGGCUCGACCCCGCACAGAUGGAAAAUAAUUUGGAAGAGCUCAACACACAAGCUAGAAAACUCCUGAGCUGCUUCAAAGCACGCACUGGAGAUCCCGACGAGCUACAGUCAUUGGUCCGUGAACUGGAGGACUCCGAAUCAAGGCAAAGACAAAAAGCGGACGGCUGCCAAACUGCACUGGAACAGACGCUGGCAACAUAUACUGAAGGUGGAGCAUACCUCGUUCUCGGCACUAUUCUUCGCGCAUUGUUGAGAAAAAGAAGUCAACAGCCAUUACCUAAAGCCCCCGGACCCUGGAGACCAGAUGAUGUGAUAUGCAAAGCCAACCUGGCCAUCUUCGCGUACAAUAUCAUGACCACAUCUGAUCACGCAAGUCUGUUGGACGCCUUGGAGUCUGUCGAUAUGGAAGGCUCCUUUCCUUCAACUUUUGCAGUCGGACUCACCAGACCGGGAGAUAGCAUACAAGCAGGCUACAGUGCCCUCUUAGAGGCCACAUUCGAGUUUGCUCUGGACCUUAGAACUCAGAUACUUGUUGGCAUGCUCCUCAACGAAAACCCGACCCUGAAUGCCGCCGCAGUAAUGAUUCAGAAUGUAAUGCUCACAUCCGUAGAAGAGGAUGAUGACAUGGGGCCCAUGCAAAGUCUACAGGCCGCUUCUCAUAGCAGACAUGCUAGAGGAUGGAGACUUCUCGAUCCGCUUAACGAAGAGAUCGAUAACUACGCUGACAAGAUCAUUCGACGUACUGAGGAGAUCAAGAGAUUGUUGUUUAGUGAUAUCGAAGACCCUUUUGACGAUCCGUUGGCAAACCUGGAAUCUGGGUUGGUCAAAUUGCGGGAAGAGUUCUCUUGUGAGCGAUUCAAGACACGCUUCCUGCAAUGGUCCAACCUACGUCUAUCAGAGAUUGAUAACAGUAUCAGGGAUUUGGGUGGUAUCGACGACAUCAUCAAUGCCUUGGAGGAUGAAAUUAAGCGACGUCUUGACCAUCCAGACGCAUACACUCAUGAAGACCAACCGGAGCAAGAAAUACAGCCAAGUAUUGAAAGCAAUCCUCUUGCUACACGAGUCAAUGCCCCAUCAGUGCCAACUUCAAGACUGAACAUCAGCAGCACAAAGAUACCAGCAAGACCAUCGGUCCUCUUUAGAGGCCGUCCAGGCACGUCUACUGCUGCUCCAACAUCCGCUACCGCUCGCGAAGAGCCGAUCUCACGAAAUGUCAUCCAAUUCGAUGACGAUGUAAAGUCGUCCGCUGCUCUGACACAGGACCGUCCCAGAUUGACCGGAAGGCUGGCGUUGGCGAACGCAAUCGACGAGCAAGAACGUCAGAAACGGAGAUUCAUCGACGCUCAACCGGGGGGUGUGAGACUUGUCGACGAUCUGCUCGACUUGCAGCCUGCACUUGACACUCAAGAGCAAGCGUCAGGUAGACACGAGAUUGAAAUUGACCCUACACUCGAUGGCGAUGUGCAAGAUCCCAGCGAGGACGAAGGCUUCCAAACCGACCAACGCACUCAUGCUAGCCACAGACCUAGACUGAUAUCAUCAGCUGCGCCCAGCCAAGCACCGGCGCCAACAGGAAAUACUCAGAGUGUGCGUCGAGGCAGAACUCCCGAGCCUGAGUCUCCAAACAAAAGACAACGAAAGAAUCCUGGUCAGCUCAGAGAACCAUUCCGGUCUACCGGCGAUGAUGUUAUAGACUCUCACAAUAUGGCAAACAAUCUUACCAAGCAGUAUCAAGCAGAAAAUAGGACCAUCAAACCACCAAAGGGCCGCAGACCAUGGGUUAAUGACGAGGUCAAGGCUCUUCUCGAGUUGAUCCGAGACAAUGGCCCAUCUUGGUCGAUGAUCAAGAGAAUCGAUGAGGCAAGGGGCAACUCACAACUUCUAGCGCACCGAUCAGCUGAGGACAUGCGCUUCAAAGCUAGAGAUAUGAAAGUCAUAUACCUUAUUGCUCAACGCCAACUCCCGGAGAACUUGGACAUGGUUGCCUUGGGCAAGAAGGAGAUUGAGAAGCUCAGAAAGAAUAACAUACGCUAUGAGCAGGAACCUCAGCGUGCGCGUGCUUACAUCCCUGAGAUUCCGCCACGAUCAUCGCCCGGACAAACAUCACCCGAACUGUAA